CGUACUUCGCCUUUUUCUGUGGGCGCCCGGGGGCCAUGGCGGCCGUUCGGAAGCCGGUGCUGCUCGGACUUCGAGACGCGGCAGUGCACGGCAGCCCGACGGGGCCGGACGCCUGGACCGCCAGCAAGCUGGGCGGCGUUCCGGACGCUCUGCCCGCCGUGGCGGCGCCGAGGCCGCUGUGCGAACGCUGCAGGCAGCCGCUCGCCCUGGUCGUGCAGGUGUACUGCCCGCUGGAAGCCUCCCCGUUUCAUCGGCUGCUGCACGUGUUCGCUUGCGCCUGCCCUGCCUGCGGCGACGGCGGGGCGCGCAGCUGGAAGGUGUUCCGCUCCCAGUGCCUGCAGGUGCGAGAGGAGGCGGCCCGGGACGCUCAGAAACAGGAAAGUGGCUUUGCCGCUGAGGACUGGUGUGAAGGUGCAGAUGACUGGGGCAGUGACACUGAGGAGGUGCCUUCACCACAGCUUACCUUGGAUUUUGGAAAUGAUUCUAACAGUGUCAAAGAUGUAGACUGGACUGCUCAGCUCCAAGACCUCCACCUGCAAGAUGCUGUCCAGGGUGCUGCUCAUCCUGUGCCUCCUGGGGAACAGAUGGUCUUGUCUGCUGUGGUGCCACAGUUCCUGCCCUACUACAUCUGUGUGGCAGAUGAGGAUGAUUACAGGGACUUUGUCAGUCUGGAUCAUGCCCACAGCCUACUGAGGGACUAUCAACAGAGAGAAGGAAUUGCUAUGGAACAGUUGCUUUCCCAAAGUCUUUCUAGUGAUGGAGAUGAGAAAUACGAGAAGACUGUAAUUAAAAGUGGAGAUCAGAUGUUUUACAAAUUUAUGAAGAGAAUUGCUGCUUGUCAGGAGCAGAUUUUGAGGUAUUCCUGGAGUGGAGAGCCACUCUUUUUGACCUGUCCUACAUCCAAAGUCACUGAGCUCCCAGCCUGCAGCCACUGUGGAGGCCAGAGGACAUUUGAGUUUCAGCUUAUGCCAGCAUUGGUCAGCAUGCUCAAAAGUGCUAAUUUAGGUCUUUCUGUGGAAUUUGGAACAAUUCUUGUUUACACAUGUGAGAAGAGUUGCUGGCCUCAAAAUCAUCAGACUCCCAUGGAAGAAUAUUGUAUUAUACAAGAAGACCCAGAUGAAUUAUUAUUUAAGUAGAGUAUUUCCUUUUAUUUUUAUAAAUUAAAAUAAAUUUUAAUGUCCAAA